GAGCGAAGCUUCCCCACGCUGUCUACUAGUUGGCGCUGUCGUCACUGCAAACACCGGGUCUUCGGGCAGAGCUUCAUUAAAACAUCACUGAAACCUCUGAAACUCUCCAUUUGCCAUGGCUGACGUGAAGAAAAACGGUUCCGAGGAGGAAGAGUUCGUGGACAACCCUUCCGAAGAAGAGGAGGAUGAAGAGGAUGCCCCCGACUCUGAAGACGAAGACUGGGAAGAAGACGAGUCUCCCAAGAAGACUACUCGUGGCAGAGGAAGAGGCCGCGGAAGGGGUCGCGGUGCUGCCAAGAGGCCCAGCAAGGGCAAGCCUGGAGUCAAAGCAAAGAAAGCAAAGGCUGACGAAGAUGAUGAGGAGGACGAAGACGACGUUGAAGAUGAGGAGGAUGAGGAAGAAUCUGAGAGCUCCGGCCAGGAGGACGACGGCAAGGACCCUACCAAGAAGGAGUUUAAGUCUGGCAAGUUUGUUGUGCUGAAGAAGGAUCUCACAAGUGCUGAUCAGCCUCCAAUCUGGAAAAUUGACGGCAAAGUGCUGCUGCAGAAGUUCAUGCCAUUUGAGAAGGACGGAAAGAUGUUGUACAAGAGCACUUCGACCUACUCUGGUUGGAGCCACCACAACCGUGACCAAUACAGAGCUGCUCCCGUCAAGUUGGAGGAGGAGGGGCCAAAUGAGUGUAUUGUCGAGUUCCUCAGAGAUACCAUCCCUGCUGAAGAAGAGGAAGCCGUAGCACCUUCCGUUGAAGCAGGAGCUGUGUAAUCUGAAAGUUAUUCAUCAUCAGUUUACUACACGUUGACCUCAUCAUUCACAAGAUUAGAAACUUAAAUGCUCUUAGGACUUUCAUUGGUUUGUGUCCCAUGCAAUCAUCAUAUCUCGUACAACUCAGUGUUUCCCUUGAUUGUUCAGAAAUAGUAACAUUCCAUCGUGAAUUCAAUUUUAUGGUGUGGCUUGAAACGAAGGGCACUUUGCCAGAAUUUAAAUAAAUCACACAUACCAUCUUA